AAGAUCAACAUCGAAAAGGAUCCAUUUCAACCUUUUUUCGUUUUCUCUACGAACGUCUACAGUCAAAUGAAAAUGUUGCAUUUCUGCCUUCUCUUUCCGUCCCUGCUACUUGCUGGUGCCGACGCCAGUCGUGAGAAUGUCACUGAAUUCUUAGAAGCAACGUUGCCUGAAAAGUGGGAGCCAUGGCCUCCAGAUAUCCCGGAAAGCAUGAUUUUGAGGCCGGUUCUUAUGAGCAGAAGAAACAGCAUGUUGAUGUUGUUGAGUAAGAUAGUAUGAGUCAGACUGGGUCGUGGCCUCACAAGUAGACACUAAUAGCUACACAAGAGGCCGCGCCAGGACAUGACAUGACUUCUACGAUUCAAUCAUCGCCUGUUGAUUCAAUUAUUAGCCCGGCUGAAAUAUCCACCCCCCUCCUCUAGAGGUGCUGCUUCCCCAACAUUCAUCUGCUUCCCCUUCCCCUUUCCUUCGCUCCUUCCCCACGACGUUAAUACUCAUCCGCUCCUUGUCGACUCUGUACCGAUCGGCCCCGACUCCCAGUUACACGCGACCGAAAUAGCAGACCUCUACGAUGUGCUAUUUGAGUUUAACCGCUUGUGGAGCAAGCAGAGGUGGAUGGGGACGAUAGCCAUGCAGAACCCAGUAGAUGCGUGGAGCUUGCAAGAAUUGUAUGGCUUUUCUAUUAGGACGAUUGCAUAGAAAUACUGUCAAUUAGUUAAGGUUGCUAUUAGGACGAUUACAUUCUAUUAGUUAUAAGGGUAGGUUAAAGGUGCUUUUGUUACCGUUUGUUAUGGCUCUCCUAAGGGGGACGGCCAUAACAAACGGGAUAGACGAACACCAAAAACCUACCUCUAAAUUACGGGAUAGGAGGAGUUCACAAUUUUGAGGCACUUCUGCGUCCUUGAUAUUGUUUAGUCUCCCAGAUAGUACAUGUAAGACUAUCAUGUGAGACUCAUGCUUCUAUGCUACGAUUGCAUAGAAGAAAUACUGUCAGACCACGUCUCUACGGUCAUCAUGAACGAUGGCAAGAGGGACAAAAACAUGUGUUAACAACUAGUACGGUAAGCAUGAACAAGAGAAGCUACAAGUUGUACUGCAGUUAAGGCUACCACAAAUCCAUCUUCACAGGCAUCCUGAGACCAUUUUGAAGGGGGAAAAGGUACCAGGAUGCGCGCGAAGAUGGUUUUCUUUAUUUAGUUCUAAUCCAGGUUCGUCAGUUCCACGUCUAUGUCUAUCAUCUGGUGUGAGUGAUUCUGUCUAACAAGUACUACUCCCUCGUCAGUUCCACGUCUAUCACCUGGUGUGAGCUGUCUAACAAGCGAUCUUCGACCGUCGUCCGGAUGUGAUAGUGGAGACUGGGACCAUGAAUGGUGGCGGAGCUCUGUUCUAUGCGAGUUUGAUGAAGAUGUACGAGUUUAUGGCGCCUGACGGAACAGCUAGUCCUGGAGGUGCAGGAGCCAACUCCAACUCUUCAACGUCCGCUGCAGGUCCUAGUCAACUCAGCAGUAGUCCCUCUUUCCGUCCACGCAUAAUCACAGUAGGCAAUCUACCCCUAGACGAUGCCAGCUACGGAUGGGUGCGAGACGGCGAGCUCGCUUUUGGCACGUGCGAAGCGAAUCAAGCGUUAUGCGACAACGCCCGCACAGCACAGCGCAGUCCUUUAUGGAAACAAAUGGUGAGUUUUAUUAGGGGUGAUUGUUUGAGCGACGAGGUGUGGGACCAGGUGCAGCAAAAGUUGGCGGAAUUUCGGAAGCAAAAAGCGGAUCUGAAAGUGAUGGUGAUACUGGACAGCACGCAUCACUACUUGCAUGUGAGGAAAGAUUAUGGCGAGCUGAAUGGUUUAUCUUUUGUAGUUUUUUAGGUCUGCCUAGUGGGUGCAACUGCUUGAGAUUAGGAUUAAGGGUAGGUUAAAGGUGCUUUUCUUACCGCUUUUUAUGCCUCUCCUAAGGGAGAAAGGCAUAACAAGCGGGGUAAGCGAGCACCAAGAACCUACCUCUAAUAGGACCCUUCGGACAACCCUAAGGGUCAGAAAAGCACCCUACGCCAAACAAGGCUAAGUCGAUUCUUCUAAAACGCAUUAGCCCUCUACUCCCGUCUCGUAACCUCAGGCCAGUACUUGCUCGUCCAGGACACGCAUUUGGACAAGUUGAGGAAUAUGCGACAGCCUGGCAGCAACUGGGAAGGUGCACAUGCCGCGAUAAGGGAAUGGUUUAGAUACUCCGACUUCGCCACACAGAGUUUUAGAGUAGACAAAAGAAGAGAAUACUUCAUCUAUACACAGCACAAAGACGGGUAUUUGUUGAGGAUGUGACGAGUUACUGUUACUUAGCUGACUUGCUCUUACUUGCAACUAAAGAUUACUACAUUCCUGCAUCGGUC